UUGUGAGAAUCGCUGUUCGGAGUGAUGGCUGAUAAGCGUUAUUUCAUUGCGAUGCAUCCAGUAACGAUUUACAUCUUCGACAACCAGCAUGAACGAUCGUAGAUGCAUAAUCUGGAUUACUGCUUUCAUCUGGCUUGGGUUAUCUCGAAGUACUUCGGGAUGGCUAUACCCUUGCAGACGUUCAGCUUUAGGAGCCUUUGUCCUCUUCAAGGAGUGUACCUUGGAGGAUGUUUACAUCACCAAAGAAACGCCGCUGUAUCGAGUAUUCUUCCCUCCGGUGGAUCUCAACAUAAUAUCCGGUUAUAUUCCCGAGUUGAAUCGAGCCGUGAUGGGCCGAGUCCACAAUAAAACCAUUCGACUUACGGUGGGACGCCUCGGGGUGCAGAAGCUUUUCCUGAAGGAAACACUGGAGACGCUCAUCUUGGAGGAUAACCUGAUUAAGGGUCUGGAAUAUGACUCUGCGGAUAAACUAAGCUUGUGGAAUCUGAAGCUCGAUUACAACCGAUUGACGGAUGUUUCUUUUGUGAGAGACUUAAAAAGUUUGGUGAUACUGUCGCUCAGGCAUAAUCGGAUUGAAUCGUUACAUUUGGAUACGUUUAAAGGUUUGCACCGAUUGAAAACGCUAGAUUUGGGAUACAAUCGGUUGAAACAGAUAAGUGGAAAUGAUGAUUACGUUAUUGAGAGUGUCAACAGGUUUAUUCUAGCCGGAAAUGCCAUGCUUGAACUGGAUUUGAGCCAAGUGACAAUGGCAAACGUAAAAUUUCUCAACGUUUCGUCGAAUAAGUUGAUGUCGAUUAACAUGUAUAAGCUAGAAAAGACAUUCCCGAAUCUAGAAACGAUAGACUUGGGUAACAAUCCAUGGAAUUGUGAUCGCAUAGAACAGAUGAAAUUUAAACUUCACUUUAAAAAUGUCACUCAUCAAGGUUUAACGAAAGCAGCUGAUUCAUGUAGCGAGAAUCAUCUGGAUAGUGUUACGUUGACAAAUCCAGAGGAAGUGAACCGAAUAGAAUCCAGCCUACAUAAUCUUCAGGAUUUUAUUUUUCAACAAGAGAACCGGAGACUGGUGAAUGUUCGGUUGGAAAUUUCUCACCUUCGAAUGGAAUACCUGCAAAUGGAACUUAAUGAAACGAAGAGCUCGCUAGAAACACUUAUAUUCAAAACCAGAACAUUGUUCCAGCUCUACGAACUACGAAAGACGGGAAACGGCAAUUUUAAAAUCAUCGAAGUUUGAAUGAAUUCAAUAAAUUUGUUUAAAUUUGAACAUAAAACUUG